AUAAGCGAAAGGGCGGGUUGUUGGAUGUCGCAUUUCGUAAUAGACUACGUAAAAUAACCAAUCAAAGUAUACAUUUUGAGUGCUGGGAGGUCUAGCCAGUAAUAUUGCGAUUGUAGUUUGAUUGAUAAUAACAAUAUACAAAUCGGUUGGAUGGGAAGCAUAUAGGAAAACAAAUGGUGUUUGGAGGUGUGGUUACCCUGGUUGACAUGUUCAACUGCGAAUAGAAAAUCAUAGGGCGUAGUCUUAUAUUUCGUAUCCAAUAGAAUGCAUGGUUGGUCUAUAAAUUGUCGGGCAUAGACGCGAGAUGCCAUUUCGCUGAAGCAGUGAUCAGUUGGAUUCGGUGAGGGCUGAAGGAAAGCACGGGCAAAACAGGAACUUGAAUAUUGGUAUUUAAACAGAAUCCGGAUCCAUCGCGAUGGAGACGGCCAUAAACCCGCCCCAUGACAGCUCCCUGGGCGGGGUCGACGUAGGCCUGCAUGGCGUCAUGGCGAUGGAGCAGGGCCCGCCGGGCCCCGGAAAGCGCAUCCGGAAACCAUCACUGCUGUUCGAGGGAUUCGAGGGCCCGCCGUUGCUCCCCCACGGGCAAGCUCCCCCCUCUGGGUCACCACGGCCCCUAGUGCACGACACGAACCGGCAGGGCCGCGCUACCAACCAGCUGCAGUUCCUCCAGAGAGCCAUGAUGAAGUACCUGUGGAGACACCACUUCGCAUGGCCCUUCCAUGAGCCUGUGGACGCCUCCAAGCUCAGCCUGCCUGACUAUCACAAGAUCAUCAAACAGCCCAUGGACAUGGGGACCAUCAAGCGGCGCCUGGAGAGCAACUACUACCGCAGCGCCAGCGAGUGCAUGCAGGACUUCAACACCAUGUUCACCAACUGCUACAUCUACAACAAGCCAACAGAUGAUAUUGUUCUGAUGGCCCAGUCCCUGGAGAAAGCGUUCCUUCAGAAGGUUGCCCAGAUGCCCCAGGAGGAGAUAGAACUGCCCCCUCCUCCACCACGGGGCAAGCCAGGCAGAGGACGCAGGGCCACAGUACCAGGAGGAGUGACGACUGCUCACCAGGUCCCGGCAGUGUCCCAGUCCGCGUACUCUCCCCCCACGCCGGAAACCCCAGAGUCGCUCUCAACCCCCCCACAGACGCUCCUGGCCAAGAGCCUACCUCUCACCCUCCACAGUACUCCUGCUAUGCUAGGCUUAUCCCCCACACAGCCCACAGCCAAGAAAAAGGGAGUGAAGCGGAAAGCAGACACCACCACCCCCACCACCAUGGCCAUGCCCAUCACCGUGGGCGUUGGCGGGAUUGGCAUGGGCAUGGCCGGCGGGCCCGACUCACCAUUGACACUCACCUCGCUGGGGGUAGGCCAUGGCCUGGGGCUCGGGAUGGGGAUGGGUAUUGGUAUGGGCCGCGGCAGAGGCACGGCGGGCACCAAAGCACCUGCAGGGAGGCGGGGAGUCAGCGGGCGCCCUAUCAAGCCCCCGAAGAAGGACCUGCCGGAUUCUGUGCAGCUCCAGCCGGUGCGACGGGGCAAACUGGGCCAGCAGCUCCGGUACUGCAACGGGAUUCUCAAAGAGCUGCUGUCCAAGAAACACGCGGCGUACGCCUGGCCCUUCUACAAACCAGUGGACGCCUCCAUGCUGGGCCUACACGACUACCACGACAUCAUCAAGCAGCCCAUGGACCUCAGCACCAUCAAGAGGAAAAUGGACAGUCGAGAGUACCGGGACGCCCAGCAGUUUGCCGGCGACGUCAGGAUAAUGUACUCUAACUGCUACAAGUACAACCCUCCAGACCAUGACGUGGUAGCCAUGGCACGCAAACUACAGGACGUCUUUGAGUUCUGCUUUGCCAAGAUGCCUGACGAGCCCGCGGCCCCUCCUGCUUCCAUGGGUGGGCACUCCUCAUCUUCUUCAUCUUCCUCCUCGUCCUCGUCUGAGAGCGACCCCAGCAGCGAGAGCGAGAGCGACAGCAGCCCCAGCUCGGACAGCGAGGAGGAGCGAGCACACCGCCUGGCCGAGCUGCAGGAACAGUCACUGACCGUGUCCUCUCCACGGUCCCAUCAGCUGAAAGCAGUUCAUGAGCAACUGGCAGCACUCUCCCAGGGCCCCAUCGUCAAGCCUAAAAGGAAGAAAGAGAAGAAGGACAAGAAGAAGAAGAAGAAGCCCGAGAAGCAUCGGGGAAGCCGGGUACCAGUCGAAGAGGAUAUACCCAUCCGGCCGGCUAAAAUGCAGAAGGUCACCAAGAUGCCGAAGAUGUCGAAGACACCCAAGAGCAGCAAAGGGGGCUCCACACAGGGCAAGAGGAGCACUGGCAAGAAGAGCAACAAGAGCAAGUCCUCCAAGAAGUCUCAGGCAGUGACGCUCAGCAUGCACCAGAUGAGCGCCGCCGCCAUGCUCCCCCACUACGACUCCGAGGAGGAAGACGAGGUAUCGCCCAUGAGCUACGACGAGAAGCGCCAGCUCAGCCUGGACAUCAACAAGCUGCCCGGGGAGAAGCUGGGCCGCGUGGUUCACAUCAUCCAGGCACGCGAGCCUUCGCUGCGCGACACCAACCCAGAGGAGAUCGAGAUCGACUUUGAGACGCUCAAGCCGUCCACGCUGCGAGAGCUGGAACGUUACGUCAUGACCUGCCUCCGCAAGAAGCCUCGCAAACCCUAUGCAGGGAAGAAAGGUGGAGCAGGAAAGUCCCGGGAGGAGCUGGCUCUGGAGAAGCAGUUGGAACUGGAGCAGAGGUUGCUGGAUGUCAGCGGGCAGCUAAACUCUGGCAAGAAGCCUCAGAAAACCAAAGAGAAGCCCAGUGCAGUGGAGCCCCACGCCGUAGCGUCUCGCCUCAGCGCCAGCAGCUCCAGCUCAGACUCUUCCUCAUCUUCUUCCUCGUCCUCCUCUGACACCAGUGACUCGGACUGAAAGCUCCAGAUGGAUGGGCAUUGAGCCCACGAACCCCAGACAGGACAGAGCAGGACUGCCAACAGAGCUGCAGGAGGGUCAGACUAUAGUCAGAACUGACCCGGAAUUAAAAAAGAUAGAGAUGUGUUGAGAGAAUCCAGUCCCAACAGAAAGAGUGGAUGGAGAGAGACUGGGUUUUUUCAUUGCUCUAGAAACCUAGAGGGUUGACAAAGAUGAUGUGCCGUCUCAUAGGAAAAAGAGCCGAUGGCAGGAUCUCUACUGGCUCUAGAAAGAUGGCAGGAUCCCUACUGGCUCUAGAAAGAUGGCAGGAUCUCAACUGGCUCUAGAAAGAUGGCAGGAUCUCUCCUGGCUCUAGAAGGCAGGAUCUCAAGAUGACAGGAUCCCUACUGGCUCUAGAAAGAUGGCAGGAUCCCUACUGGCUCUAGAAAGAUGGCAGGAUCUCAAGAUGGCAGGAUCUCUACUGGCUCUAGAAAGAUGGCAGGAUCUCUACUGGCUCUAGAAAGAUGGCAGGAUCUCAAGAUGGCAGGAUCCCUACUGGCUCUAGAAAGAUGGCAGGAUCUCAAGAUGGCAGGAUCUCUACUGGCUCUAGAAAGAUGGCAGGAUCUCUACUGGCUCUAGAAAGAUGGCAGGAUCUCAAGAUGGCAGGAUCCCUACUGGCUCUAGAAAGAUGGCAGGAUCUCAAGAUGGCAGGAUCUCUACUGGCUCUAGAAAGAUGGCAAGAUCUCUACUGGCUCUAGAGAAAGAUGGCAGGAUCUCAAGAUGGCAGGAUCUCUACUGGCUCUAGAGAAAGAUGGCAAGAUCUCAAGAUGGCAAGAUCUCUGCUGGCUCUAGAGAAAGAUGGCAGGAUCUCAAGAUGGCAAGAUCUCUGCUGGCUCUAGAGCAAGAUGGCAGGAUCUCUACUGGCUCUGGAAAGAUGGCAGGAUCUCAAGAUGGCAGGAUCUCUACUGGCUCUAGAGAAAGAUGGCAGGAUCUCUACUGGCUCUGGAAAGAUGGCAGGAUCUCAAGAUGGCAGGAUCUCUACUGGCUCUAGAAAGAUGGCAGGAUCUCUCCUGGCUCUAGAAAAAUGGCAGGACCUCAAGAUGGCAGGAUCUCUACAAGCUCUAGAAAGCGAGGAGGAUAGAUAGUACGAGAUGAUCCCAGAGUUCUGGACUAUGUCUUUCUCUCCACGCUUUGUGUAUAUAGUAUGUACAAAUAUAUAAAUAUCUAUUUUUCUUUUAUAAAGAAGAAUUUUAAGGAAUCCCCAAAUGUGGGGAGAAAGUAAAGGUGUGUGGACAGGCUGUCUUUAGUUUAACUGUUUUAUGAUAAGGAAUUAGAAGGUAAAGUGUGUGUGUGUGUGAGAGAGAGAGGGGCACGGCCUCUCACAGUAAACACAGCCCUGCUUAGUUUCUCGUCUUGUUGAUGCAGGCGUUUGAAAUAAUUCUGCAUUGUAAAGCACCUUGUUUCAGUAUACAUGAAGAAACUGAAGAGCAUCAAGACUGCAACAUACGCAUGUACUUCUACAGCUUGAGAGGGGUGUCCAUGGUACACAAAUGGUUUAAGUGAACUAACUUUUCCCUACUUUUCACUCUGUAAAUGGCCUGUUUCUAUCUUGUGACCAAUCUGCAAAUAAAUUGUGAGGACAUCUCUCCACUCAGCAUUACCCACACGCAAACAGAUUCUUCCCUUGUUUUGUUCUCUGUCAAUUGGAUAUGUCCAGGAUGUGUCAUGUCAAGUGAAGUCUACAGACUACUGAAAUGGUCACAUCUCUCUUGCAAGACAUUUUAACUUGCAUGAGUAAUGUACAAUGACUAGAUUUUGAAACUUCAUUUUAUCUGUGGAAAAAAUCAAUUUUUCUAGAUGGUAUCUUAGUAAGGUUCAGUGGGGUGGUUAAAUGCCGUCCUUGUGUCCCCCAGGUCUGAUUCCCAUAGCGUUGCAAUACCAAUGCUUUAUGGCACAAAACCACACUAUUUAUUUGAACAACUUGGCCUUUUAACAUUUUGGCAGCUGAAUGUUUUUUUUUUGUCUUCAAUUUAGCGAAAUCUGAUUUGGGAAGAAGAUUGUAGUGACCAUUUCCUUGCUCAUAGUUUGUUUAGCAGAAGUGGUAUACGUACUUCAUGAUAUUCUGAGGUACUAAACUGAUUUUGUGAUUUAGUUAAGAAAUCAAGCUUUUUUAAAAAUAUAAUUGUUUGAGAAUUUAGAUUUUGUACGUGUGAUCAGUUAUUUAUUUGAGUGGACACUGAGACCAAAUCGUUAUUGCAUUUACUUGAAGUCAAAGGAGAAAGUUGCAUAUUGGUAAUAAUGACAAACUAUUCAAACAAAAAUGUGUACAGCUGUAAGGAGAAAAGGCACGGUUGAAAAAAGUUUACAUUUUAGUCACAACUUUGGAGCAUGUUUCUACCACUGAGGUUUCUUGUUUUGCUUUUGUUCUUAGUCAUGUUCUUUCACCCCCUACAAUUGUGAGGUGGUUGUAUCUUGCUCUGUUUAUUUUAGAAGAA